AUGCGGUCGCCACUCUUUCUCUCAUUUGCGGCGACAGUGCUGGCUGCGACGCCUGCCGAAUGGCGCUCGCAGUCAAUCUACUUUUUACUCACCGACCGGUUUGCCCGCACCGACAACUCGACAACCGCCGAAUGUGAUACUAGUGCAAAGUACUGCGGCGGGACAUGGCAGGGAAUCAUUAACCAGCUGGACUACAUCCAGGGGAUGGGCUUCACAGCCAUCUGGAUCACCCCAGUGACUGCCAAUCUCGAGGAUGGGCAGCAUGGGGAGGCAUACCAUGGGUACUGGCAGCAGGAUAUAUAUGCGUUGAACCCGCACUUUGGCACUCAAGACGACCUCCGAGCACUGUCUGACGCGCUGCACGACCGGGGAAUGUACCUUAUGGUCGACGUGGUUGCCAAUCAUUUUGGCUACGACGCCCCGGCCGCGUCGGUCGACUACAGCGCCUUCAACCCCUUUAACUCGGCAGACUACUUCCACACUCCCUGCGAUAUUACGGACUACGACAACCAGACCCAGGUCGAGGAUUGCUGGCUGUACACCGACGCUGUCAGUCUUCCAGAUGUCGAUACCACCAACGAGGAGGUCAAGGAGAUUUGGUACGACUGGGUGGGUGACCUUGUGUCUGACUACUCUAUCGACGGCCUUCGCAUCGACACCGCUCGACACGUACAGAAGGACUUCUGGCGCGACUACAACGAUGCCGCGGGCGUGUACUGCGUCGGCGAGGUCUUCCAGGGCGAUCCCGAUUACACAUGCGGGUACCAGGAGGUUAUGGACGGGGUGCUGAACUAUCCCAUCUACUACCCCCUGUUGCGCGCUUUCAGCUCCACAUCUGGCAGUCUCAGUGAUCUAGCCAACAUGAUCGAAACGGUAAAGUACACCUGCUCAGACGCUACCUUGCUGGGCAACUUCAUCGAGAACCACGAUAACCCACGCUUUGCCUCGUACACCGACGACAUCUCCCUCGCCAAGAACGUCGCCGCCUUCGUGAUCCUCUCCGACGGGAUCCCCAUCAUCUACGCCGGUCAAGAACAGCACUACUCCGGCGCAGGAGACCCGGCAAACCGUGAGGCGACCUGGCUCUCCGGAUACGACUCGACGAGCGAGCUGUACCAGUUCAUUUCGAAGACGAACCAGAUCCGGAAUCAUGCGAUCUGGCAGAAUGAGACCUACCUGUCUUACAAAAACUAUGCUAUCUACAACGAAAACAACGUCCUUGCCAUGCGCAAAGGAUUCGACGGGUCGCAGAUCAUCACAAUCCUUACGAACGCUGGCGCUGACGCUGGUUCAUCGACUGUCUCGGUUCCGAACACCGGGUUCACAGCUGGUGCGGCAGUCACUGAGAUCUAUACCUGCGAGGACAUUACAGUCUCGGGCAGCGGUGAAGUGUCAGUGCCUAUGGAGAGCGGCUUGCCGAGGGUUCUGUAUCCGAAGGCGAAGCUGGAAGGGAGCGGGAUUUGCGGCCUGUAG